AACAAAAAAAUAAUCCGAAUAAACAGGAGAAAAUGGCCUAAAUGGUGGGCGCAAUAACCCUCUCUGUGGUGGUGUGUACACGAUACCCAUUGGACAAGGCAGGUCUUUUUUCUGUAUACCAAGCAUGAUGGGACGGUACUUGACUAUCAGAAUAAAUGGUCGUAUUGGAAGCCUGUCAUUAUGCGAGGUGGAGGUUUACACAGAAAAUAAUCUAGGUCUGGCCAUUGGUAUAUUCAAUGGCAGCGCUGUACCAGACGACAGGUUUUCAGCAAGUUCUGGUUUUAGUAACACGAGGUCUGCAGCCAAAGCAAGGCUCCUUGGUAACAGUUCAUGGAGACCACGUGACGAUGAUACCAACCCAUGGUUACAAAUAGACCUUGGAGAGAUUUACUACGUGUGUGCUGUGGCUACACAAGGUGACCCAAACGUCGAUGAGAGGACAAUAAAAUACAAAGUUAAAGGGUCUGUCGGCAAUGACUCUCAGUGGACAACUAUGGAAAGGGAUGAUUUGAUAUUCACUGCAAGUACAGACCCAUCCCGGGUCAUCAUGCACAUCCUUCACAGUCCUCUAUCGGCAAGAAUGAUACGUUUCUAUCCUAUAGAAAAGAAUAAAGUUCACGCUCUGAGGGUAGAAAUAUAUGGUGUUAUCAAGAAGCCCGCUCUUCCACGACCGUCACAAAUAGAAGAUAAGCUAUUGGAUGCAAGUCAAGGUUCAUAUGUAGACUUGGUGUGCAGAGCAGAAAGAGGACUGAGCAUCAAAUGGUACCAUAACGAUACAGACAUUACAAGUUACUCUAUCGGUACAGUAAGAACAGGAUCAAUACUCAUAUCAACACUACGUGUAAACUACAGAUGUUUAUGACAAAUAUUCUUGUGACAAAGCGCUAAGACACUGUACCAGUUUGGACUACAUUUGUCAAGUGGAUUAUGGUUCAUACAGAAAAUUGCAGAGCAGAGGAAGCAUCUCAACAUUAUUAGUGCCCACGAGACCAAGACAUCUUAACGCCACAAUCAACCCUCAACGUGGGACCCAAAGACCAACUGUAACGUUGAAGUGGGAGAAACCAAUGAGAGCAAUUGGCAAAAUAACAAGCUAUACCCUAUUCUAUAACUACGUCAUUGAUAAUAAAAGCAAUAUGCCGUCAAUGGCCAUUACCGAUUUUACAACCAUGAGCUACACGAUUAAAGUCAUUGGUGGAGCACGUUUUGGAUUCUAUUUGAAAGCGAAGGCMAAUGRUCUUAUUGGAGAUCCYUCUCAAACGUGGACUGCAMACAUUCAGGAAUGUAAACCGUCAUCUGCUCCAGCAAACAUCAAAGUGACUAUGUCCGACAAGGGAAAAUACAACGUGUCAUGGGAAGAAAUACCUAGAGAGCUAAGCAAUGGUAAGAUUAUUGCCUUCGAGGUAAAUUGGUCUUCCUUGGCUAGACGAAUACGUCGAUCACCUGUCGUAUCUCGUGCAGCUAAUGCUAGCGAGUCACCAUACAUACUGGUGAACAUAAGCCUUACAGACAACAUGAAGUACAACAUCACUGUACGAGGAUACACCAUUGCAGGUCCUGGCCCAUUUAGCGAUCCUAUAGUCCUUAAAAAAGAGAAAGCGGAAGAAAGUAAGUAGGAUGAUCAAGUAUCUGAUUUAGUCGUAGUGGUUGCUGUUGUUUUCUCUUUACUCUUCGUCCUAGCCGUUGUGUUGAUCGUCGUUAUUUUCUGGUAUAAAAAACAUAAAGGCGAAGAUAUAGUAAUAUAUGGACGAACUAUUUUUGGAGGGUCUAACAAAGAUACCCCUCAUGAGGACAACCUCGGAGCACAAGAAACAAUCUACCUAGUUCCCGUCGGUAAGCAAUGAUUUGCAGCCUUGAUUAA